AUGAUCAUCGCGGUGGUGGGGUGCACGCACGGAGAGCUGAAUUUCAUUUACGCGACGAUCGAGAAGCUCGAGCAGGAUAACAACUUCAAAGUGGACCUGCUGAUCUGCUGUGGAGACUUCGAGUGCGUACGCUACGGAGUGGACAAUGACUGUUUGAACGUGCCAAACAAAUACAAAAAGGAAGAAAAUGAUUUUAGGGAUUACUUCACAGGGAAGAAGAAGGCAAAAGUGCUAACCAUAUUUAUAGGGGGAAACCACGAAGCGGUGAAUGUAUUGAAGCAGCUUUACUAUGGAGGGUGGGUAGCACCAAACAUUUAUUUUCUUGGGUAUUCAAACGUACAUAAUAUUAAUGACUUCCGUAUUUGCAGCCUUAGUGGGAUUUAUAAAAAAUAUAAUUUUUACAAAAAGUACAAUGAGCAUUACCCGUAUGAUGAGAUUAGCAAAGUGAGUGCCUAUCAUAUACGCAAAUUUGAAAUUGAAAAAUUAAAACUGCUGAAGGAAAAAAUUGACAUCGUUGUGACGCACGAUUGGCCAAACAACAUAGAAAAACAUGGGGAUGUAAAUGACCUCGUUAGGAGGAAAUUUCAUUUCCAAUCUGAUAUAUAUAAUAAUACCCUUGGAAAUCCACAUACCGAAUUUUUACUAAAUAAAUUGAAACCCUAUUUUUGGUUUUCUUCCCAUUUGCAUGUAAAAUACUCAGCCAUUUUUUUGCACAGUGAUAAGAGGAACUACACGAGGUUCCUUUCGCUAGACAAAGCGGAGCCCAGGAAACAUUUCAUCCAAAUUUUGAACAUUGAAAAAAGGAACAAUAUUCCGUACCUAUCGUUUGACCACUUGCCCAGGCCUUCUGCGAACGACCCGGAUGGGAAGAGCCACUUUUUUAAUGAGGACUACGAGGAGCUGCUGCAGCAUGUGGAGGAUGUGCAGCGCAGGGACGCCGAGGGGGGCGGCAAGGGGCACAGCGGGGGCGCCGCGCAGGCGAAGGAGAACGCCCCGGUGGAAGCGGCCACGCGGGAAGCAGCCACGCGGGAAGCGGUCAAGCAGGAGAACGCCGCUGUAGAGACCUCCCCAGGGGAAGCAGCCACGAAGGAGGACGCCCCAGGGGAAGCAGACCCUCAAGAGCCCCCCCCCCAGGAAAACGCCGCUCCAGAGCGCAAGAAGCUUUUCAUAUGCUACGACGAGGAGUGGCUAGCCAUUCUGAAGGCCAACCAGCACCUCGUCUCGGAGGGCUGCGACAAGGAUUACAAUUUGGAGAAGCUCAAGUGCCCCUCCAAGGAGGACUUCGAAUACAUCCGCGACAAGCUGAAGGAGCUGGAAAAAACAUCCGUCAAGGGGAAGGACUAUUAUUUGGUCCACGGGUACAACACCCCCAGUUAUAAGCACCUGUGGGAGCAGAGGCAGCUCUUUCUCAGCCGCUUCGAUUUCGAGGAGCUCAGAAUGUACGACGAUUUUGAGCGUUUGUUUUUCGCGGAGGAGGUGCGGAAGAUGGAUGCAGGGCUGCCGCUGGACCCCCCCAAGGUGGAGGAAGAUGAGGAGGAGGAUGGGGAAGAGGACGAACCGGAAGAAGUAGGACAGAAUAACCAAGCCGAUGAACACGGUGGAGGCAACCCCAAUGGGGACAAUGCCCCCCAUUCGGGCAACGCGCCCAACGUGGAAGGUGCCAGUGAGACCAACGAGAUUUCCCUCAGCAUUGACUGCUGA